AUGUCUACGAAUGGAACAGCACAUGCCUACACGGACUUGCCCAAGGCAAUGUCCAAGGCCGUUUCGGGUCUCAGCAAAGCUUUGAACAGCGAUAAACAAUGGCAGGCGUUCGUCGACACCAAUGCUAUCGUCGAGCCCGUCACAAUGGGCGUGCAAUCGACAGGCAGCGACGAGGCUAUUUUGGUCACUGUCGACGCUGGAGCCAAGAGCAGCGCGACGAGCGGUCCAGCGAGUAAAGCAGAUUUCGUCCUGCGAGCACAGCCUGAACAAUGGGAUAAAUUCUUCGACGCCGACCCCGUGGCGCCGUAUACUAGUUUCGUUGGCUUGCAGGGAAUGAACAUCAAGCAAGAAGGCGUCGGAGUACACGGCAACAACACCAAAUUCGCCCAGUACGGACACCUUGCCACUCGCCUCUUGGAGUUGCUGAGACAAGGCCAGAACGGGCCCACCAAGGAAGACACCAACCCUGAGACCGACGAAGAUCACAUCAUCGGCAGGUACAUCUACGUCGACACUCCGGUCUGGGGCCGCACGAAGAUCUUCUACGAGAAAUCCGGCGAUGGACCGCAACAGGUUGUCUUCUUGCACACCGCGGGUAGCGACAGCAGACAGUAUCAUGGCGUUAUGAAUGACAAGCGCACACGCGAGAAGUGCACUAUGAUCGCGUUCGAUUUGCCGGCUCAUGGUCGCAGUUUUCCGGGAAGUAACCAUAUUCCUGGUAACCACACCAACAACGAGGAUGCGUAUGUAGGAACGAUUAGGGAGGUCAUCAAGGCAUUGAAGCUCAAUAAGCCGAUCGUUUGUGGCGCGUCGAUGGCCGGACAGGUUUGCGUUGCGGUCGCGAUCCGUGCCGACGAGGUCGGAGCCGGUGGCACGAUUCCUUUGCAGGGUUGUGACUAUUUGACCAUGGACCGGCAAUUCAAUGACAAGUCGCCUGUGGUUAACCAGUCGUUGUUCAAUCCUGAUUGGAUUUACGGCAUGAUGGCUCCAAAAAGUCCCUAUGUCAAUAAGCAAUUGAUUUGGCACAUGUACUCCGGCCAAGCUUAUGGCAUUUUCCACGGUGAUCUCGACUUUUACUUUGGCGGGUUCGACGCUAGAGAUCGAGUGGCGAGUAUUGAUGUGAAGAAGUGUCCCAUCUACUUCCUUACUGGCGAGUAUGACUGGAGUACCACACCGGCCAUGAGUAAAGCAACCGCAGACAAGAUCAAGGGCGCCAAUUUCAAGGCCAUGAAAGGACUUGGUCAUUUCCCGGCUACGGAGGAUCCCCAGAAAUUCAUUCCAUAUUUCCUCGACGCCGUUGAGUGGAUCCAGAAGACACGCUCGUCUUGA